AUGAGCAGACAAGCCAGCAAGAUAUCCGGUGGCGGGAGCCAGGGUUUCUCCGGCCGCUCUGCUGUGGUCUCUGGCAGCAGCAGGAUGAGCAGUGUGGCCUGGGCUGGGGGAGCUGGCGGAGGGGCCGGUGGCUUUCGAAGCGGAGCAGGCGGCUUUGGCAGUCGCAGCCUCUACAACCUGGGUGGCAACAAGAGCAUCUCCAUCAGUGUGGCAGCUGGUGGCCCCCGGGCUGGUGGCUUUGGUGGAGGGCGUAGCAGUUAUGGCUUUGGGGGUGGCUAUGGAGGUGGCUUUGGGGGUGGCUAUGGAGGUGGUUUUGGUGGUGGCUUUGGUGGUGGCAGAGGAAUGGGAAGUGGCUUUGGUGGAGCUGGUGGCUUUGGAGGGUCUGGUGGCUUUGGAGGGGCUGGUGGCUUUGGAGGGGCUGGUGGCUUUGGUGGCCCUGGUGGCUUUGGUGGGCCUGGCAGCUUUGGGGGUCCUGGUGGCUUUGGCCCUGGGGGCUUUCCUGGGGGAAUUCAGGAAGUGACUGUCAACCAGAGCCUCCUGCAGCCCCUCAAUGUGGAGAUCGACCCCCAGAUUGGGCAAGUAAAGGCCCAGGAGCGGGAGCAGAUCAAGACCCUCAACAACAAGUUUGCGUCCUUCAUCGACAAGGUGCGGUUCCUGGAGCAACAGAACAAGGUCCUGGAGACCAAGUGGAACCUGCUCCAGCAGCAGGGCACAAGUUCCAUCUCAGGCACCAACAACCUUGAACCUCUUUUUGAGAAUCACAUCAACUACCUGCGGAGCUACUUGGACAACAUCCUCGGGGAGAGAAGCCGCCUGGACUCUGAGCUGAGGAACAUGCAGGACCUGGUAGAGGACUUCAAGAAGAAAUAUGAGGACGAAAUCAAUAAACGUACAGCUGCUGAAAAUGAAUUUGUGACUCUGAAGAAGGAUGUGGACACUGCCUACAUGAACAAGGUGGAGCUUCAGGCCAAAGUGGAUGCCCUGCUAGAUGAGAUUGACUUCCUGAGGACCCUCUACAAUGCUGAGCUGUCCCAGAUGCAGAGCCACGUCAGUGACACGUCUGUGGUUCUGUCCAUGGACAAUAACCGCUCCCUGGACCUGGACAGCAUCAUUGCCGAAGUUCGUGCGCAGUAUGAGGAUAUCGCUCAGAGAAGCAAGGCAGAAGCGGAGGCCCUGUACCAGACCAAGUUGGGGGAGCUGCAGACCACGGCUGGCAGGCAUGGGGAUGACCUAAGAAAUACCAAGAGUGAGAUCAUAGAGCUCAACAGAAUGAUCCAGAGGCUGCGGGCAGAUAUUGAGAAUGUCAAGAAGCAGAAUGCCAAUCUGCAGACGGCCAUUGCGGAAGCGGAGCAGCGUGGGGAGAUGGCCCUCAAGGAUGCCAAUGCCAAGCUCCAAGACUUGCAGGCUGCCCUACAGCAGGCGAAGGAUGACCUGGCCCGGCUGCUGCGUGACUACCAGGAGCUGAUGAACGUCAAGCUGGCCCUGGAUGUGGAGAUCGCCACCUACCGCAAGCUGCUGGAGGGCGAGGAAUACAGGAUGUCUGGAGAGUGUCCGAGUGCCGUCAGUAUCUCCGUGGUCAGCAGCAGCAGCGCGACGUCCGCCUCAGGAGGUGGCUACGGUGGAGGCUUGGGCGGUGGCUUUGGCGCCGGCGGCGGCGCCGGCAGUGGCUUUGGCCGGGGAGGCGGCGGUGGAAUCGGCGGUGGAAUCGGCGGUGGAUUCGGAUUCGGCGGCGGCGGCGGCGGCGGCGGCGGCAGCAGCAGCGGUUUCAGCGGUGGCAGCGGCUUUGGCUCUGGCUCCGGGGCCCGGUAUGGAGUCAGUGGCGGGGGCUUCAGCUCGGCCAGCAACCGGAGCGGCAGCAUCAAGCUCUCCCAGUCCUCCCAGCGCUACUCCAGAUAAAGAGCGCGCAUCGCAGCCACCCCAGGGUCUCUCCUCCACUCCCCAUGCCUCCACAUCGGCAACACUCCC